AAAAACUCAGCUAGUGACCUUCUCAUGCUUACACAUUAGGAGCGCAAUUCAUGCCAGUAUUAGUUUUUACGUCUGAUCUGAAAUGACAGCUUUUACGCCUUAUCUUGCGGAAAUUGCUGAUAUCGUCUGCCGGUUAUGUCGAUGUGCAAGCAAUACCGGGCUUGGAAACCUCUUGAUAUUAUCUGGAGAUGAACCCGUAGCUUCAAACCAUGUGUCUGCAGCACAUAAUAUUGCCCUAAAGUCCCUCUGGGGUGAAACACUUGCGAGGCUCGGAUCCACAAGCCCAGCUCAAACCAAUCCAACGCCAAGUUGGCAAGACAUUGGCGAAUUUCGGGCGCUGAUGGUCGACGAGUCCGAAGCCAUCACUCUGAUUAUCCGCCACAUGUUCGUGAUGGCAAUGAAACAACCAGAAAAACUGCCAGCUGCAGUGCCGGAAAUUUCUGUCGGACUCGAUAACUGCCUAAGAUCACUGAAGACGUUAGAAGCUACCACCUUGCUUGGUGCAAUCCUGUUUCAAGACUCCGCAGGUAUAGGAUCCCAGGAGCGACUGAUACUGGCAGUCGCAGAGUUGGUGGCAGUUGUGUGUGAAUUCUUCCGAUGCCUUGGAGCUUUGAUGACCACCUCCAGGAUUGCGGAGGUGCAAAGUGGUACUGGGGACGGUGGCAUGAGAGCCGGAAAUGUACAAAUGAAGACAGCCAAAACGUUUGUACAGAAGGCGAUGAAGGCUGGCAAGUUCCUUAACUCUCGGCGAAAUUCAUUCGCGAGUGUGCGAGGUGCAGCGGCUCCCUCUGCCGAGAAGAUAGCCGAGAACAGCCCAAUAAAAGACGCAAACACAGACAUCUGGGCUGUACAAGAGAAGCUACAAGAGCUCAACCAGUGCGGCAAAGCCCUCGUCAGUGCUCUUAAUACUUUUUUGAAUGUAUUGUUGUCAGUGGAGCGUCAUCUUGUGCUUCAACGCGCAUCGUCCUCUCUGGCAAAUGGUGGUGACAAGAAGAGCGGGAUCCGACGUCUACGAGAUGCUUUGGAAAAUGUACUCAGGAGUCAACAAAUCAGUGAUGUGGAUUUAGAAGACACUAAUCUGUCGGCCUCUGAGCAUGUGAGAGAAGUCAGUCGAGAUUCGUUCGGAGAGGAGCCACUGCAUGUACGUAGGUCAAAGACUGUCAGAAGGCGAGCUAAAUCCCUGGAGAGAGUAUCAACGCUGGAAUCUUGCUCGUCCCUUGAAAGUGAUCACCACCGUACGGGGAAACAAGGAGAAGAAGAAACGUCUUUCAACUUUAAAAUGGGAAUGAACUCUACUCCUGGAGAACUACUAAAUUCUGUGCAGACUUUGUACACAGAAGGGGAAGACCCUCCUGAGGGUAACGAAUCAGCUGCCUCAGUCAGGAGACCUCGCUCAUUAUCCCAUCCCACCGAAGCUGUUUCGUCAGGUCGUUUGUCAUUCCCGACUCAACGGCGCGCAACAGGACCGAGUCAACUGCGGCAGGAAAUAUCGGCCGAGCCUACACCGCAUGCGAACAUUUCAACAAGCCAUACUGAAUUGCCUUCCGCAGCCCCGGACAUAUGGAGUUCUCAGUCUGCCUUGCCCUCCCCAUAUGAAGACCUUCUGAGGCAUAUCGAAGAGAUUGAACAAACUCAACUUGAAAUGCUCAAACAGUCAACACAACAUAAUCAACGGUCACCUGCAACCCAGCCAAAAACUGCAACAUAUAUUGCCGCCCCUAAGAUUGGCUCACUACCUUCAACCUUCUCGAUUGCCAAAUCCCCGAUGGGCGGCCAGAUCAUCAAUGUCGGUAUCAACAAAAGAGGCAUGGUAGGAAGCCCUUCUUCAACGACGUCCCUAAUGAUGCCACCCCCUCCGCACCAUGUGCACCCGAAAAUUGCGGUAGCGCAGAUCAAGAAAGAGUGGGAACCAAGUUUGACUGUCAAAAGGCAGCUCCUGAGACAAGAUUCCGGAAUGACUUCGUGGAAACUGUGUGUGGCCAAGCUUUCGCAUUCAAGCCAUUCAUUGUUGAUAUUCCCAAGUGGAAGAGCGACUGUCAAGGACAUGGACUUUCCCGUGAGGGACCCAGAGUUGUCCGGAGCGAGUCCCAUAGCCGCGUAUAACCUCCGUAAUGCCGUGAUAGAGAAGGCAUCCAAUGUACCCAGACAUAAGGCAAUACGUGCACGCCUAAUGAACGGAGUGAACGUUCUCAUUGAUGUUGGGUCCGAUGCCCGGCUCGAAGAUUGGAUGUAUGCAAUGAGACGUAUUGCAGAAGAUGAAUCGGCUACCGCCCCGUCUCGGAGGGAUAGCGCGCUUCCGAAAGGACGGGAUAGUCGAGUAAAUAGCUCCACAUAUUUGUCAUACCCAUCCGCCUCAAGUUUUGUAAUCUAGUGCCCAGGCGGCGGAACAAGAUCAGAGGGUGCUUUACAACAAUUAGAAAUAUAGACUGCGCAUUCCCUC